GAAAAUGGCUUCCAGUGUCCCAUCCAUCCAGGACAGAACUCUGAACUUUGAUUUUGACAUUCUGAAUGCCCAAUUCAACCACAACGGGCGCUACUUCCUGAAACUGUCUGUGAAGAACCCCAUGUUUGGUGUAGAUGGCAUCUCUGUACGACUGAACGAUGCGGAACCAGGCCAGGAAAAGGACGAGGCAGAGGAACAAACAGAUAUUGUGGAGCAGACUGAUAUUGAUGCCCUGUCCACCUUCCAGAACCACAAGUUCACCUUCCUCCUACCCAGAGGUUUCUGUAAGAACGAUGAACAACAUGACGUCUUCCUACUGCUGGAGGCCUUCAGUCUCCCUGCAGACAGCAGCGCAGCAGGUCAUAAGGUCGGGGAGGCGAAGUUUGCCAUCUACCCCCGCACCAAUGCCCCGCGGAUCAACCUGAAGGCAAAACACCACGAGGACUUGUACAACUACAGCGGCAUCAUGACAUUACUGAGGACACUCAGUACGGAGUCUAUAUCCAUGCACUGUGGUCGGAUCAAGUAUCACGUGUCCUUCCACGAUAACAGAGAUAAAGCGCCACAGCCUCCACGACAACCGACACCACCAGUACGCCAACCACAGCCGAGAACGCCGACCCCUCCCCCUCAACCGCGUAGGGUGAGAACACCGACACCCUCCCCCCCACCGCCUCGGGAACCCACACCCCCUCCACGCGAGCCGACGCCCCCUCGGAGAGAAGAGCCCCCCUCUCGACUAGACUUUCACGUGGAGUCGCCGGUACCCACAGAUGGCCCAGCUAGGAGGACCACAGACUCAGCCCUGGGUGACUGGCAGAAGCCAGGCAUGUAUGACUCUGGGUUUGCGCACGUUGCCGUCCCGGGGAAAACUGAGCUGUACGUGAUCCUGCACGGUGCCAGAAACCUGCCUGCCCUGGAGGACGGUCGCCAGCCCCUGCCUUUUGUUGCAGUGAAAACACGUAGUGAUGAGCUGGCUAACCGCCCGGCCCAGGGUACCACACGCACACCGAUGCAGGCCACACAUCUGCCCUGGUGGGAGGAGGGAGUCAACGUGGUCAUGCCUGAGUCAGGGGCUCAGGAUGACGCCCUGAUGCUGACAGUGGCAGACAGCCCCACCAAACAGGUGCUGGUUCAGUAUGAGUUACCUGUUCACCACCUCAAGCCUUUCCACCAGUACCAUCUGGAGCUGGUCAAGCAUAGCAAAGCCUCCAAGGAUGGUGCGCGUCUGUACGCCACAGUCAUCCGUAAACACAGCGUGCUUCCCCGACAUCCAACAUUCAUGUACUGUGGACUGGAGGUAUUCCUGCGUGCCAUGGAGCGUCCUGUAGAAAACCCGGUCGGACCUCUUGUGGCAGUCGCUCGCAUCGUUCCAGACUACCACAACUACAAAGAGGAUGUUCUGAUGGCGUCACCUCGGUCUGCCAAUGUGACCUUGAUGACCGUGACCUUCCCCUCCCCUCACCCGUCUUCCUUCAUCGUCCCUCAGCACCAGAAGGGAGGAUAUCCGCAGGUGAGCCUAGCAGCCCGUCCUGAUGAGCAGCCAGUCUGGAACCACUCCUACCUGUUCCACCACAGCAGAGACAAUGCUACCAUCUUCUCACCUACAUCUGCACUGGUCAUCGAGUACUACCCUGCAUCUUCAGUUGUGAGUGAGUCGAGUUGGCACAUGCGCAGCCCUAUAGGUUUCUCCUCCAUACUGCUGGACCAGGAUGUGUACCAUGCCCUGACAUCAGAGCCGGGGAGGCUGGGUGUGCGCGUGGACGGUCUUCUCAUACAGGUCUGUAUAUCAUCAUCCAUAUUGAUGAGUGUGUAUACAGGCUGCAGUUAA